UGUCCAGGCCCAGCUUCCGCCCAGUCUCCCGGCAACGAUGCGGCCCCGCCCACAUCAUGGCGCCCGAGGAGAACCCGGGGACCGAACUCUUGCUGCAGAGUUUCGAGCGCCGCUUCCUGGCGGCGCGCGCACUGCGCUCCUUCCCCUGGCAGGUGGGCGGCGGGGCGUGCUGGAGUCCAGGGGCAGACGGGAGCUUAGAAGCAAAGUUAAGAGACUCAUCAGAUUCUGAGCUGCUGCAGGAUAUUUUGCAGAAGACUGUGAAGCAUCCUGUGUGUGUGAAGCACCCACCGUCAGUCAAGUAUGCCCGGUGCUUUCUCUCAGAACUCAUCAAAAAGCACGAGGCUGUCCACACGGAGCCUUUGGACGAGCUAUAUGAGGCGCUGGCGGAGACCCUGACGGCCAAGGAGUCCACCCAGGGCCACCGGAGCUAUUUACUGCCCUCGGGAGACUCGGUCACACUCUCUGAGAGCACAGCCAUCAUCUCCCACGGCACCACAGGCCUGGUCACAUGGGACGCCGCCCUCUACCUUGCAGAAUGGGCCAUCGAGAACCCGGCAGCCUUCACUCACAGGACUGUCCUAGAGCUUGGCAGUGGCGCCGGCCUCACAGGCCUGGCCAUCUGCAAGAUGUGCCGCCCCCGGGCAUACAUCUUCAGCGACUGUCACAGUCGGGUCCUCGAGCAGCUCCGAGGGAAUGUCCUUCUCAAUGGCCUCUCAUUAGAGGCAGAAAUCACUGCCAACUUAGACAGCCCCAGGGUGACAGUGGCCCAGCUGGACUGGGACGUCGCGACGGUCCAUCAGCUCUCUGCCUUCCAGCCAGAUGUUGUCAUUGCAGCAGACGUGCUGUAUUGCCCAGAAGCCAUUGUGUCGCUGGUCGGGGUCCUGCGGAGGCUGGCUGCCUACCGGGAGCAUCAGCGGGCUCCUGAGGUCUACGUGGCCUUCACUGUGCGCAACCCAGAGACAUGUCAGCUGUUCACCACCGAGCUAGGCCGGGCCAGGAUCAGAUGGGAAGUGGAACCUCGUCAUGACCAGAAACUGUUUCCCUACGAAGAGCACUUGGAGAUGGCAAUGCUGAACCUCACACUGUAGGACUCGCACACGACUCCAACGUGAUUGUGAGAAUCAAGUCACUCUCGUGGGAAGAAUUUUUAUAUGGGAAAGCGGAGAAAACUUUCAUUGGACUGGAAUGUUUGGAGAGUGUUAAAUUCCAAAUCAGGAACCACAAACUCCCCUCUAAUAAGACAUUGGCUAUCUGAGCAUGUAGUGCCCCCUUUCUGCCAGCAGUUCUGGAUCUUAAGAAAAUCACCAUAAAUCAGACAUGAAAAUUCUGGCUCCAAAAAUAGCAUUUUCUUUGUGCAAAUAAAAACGUGUGUAUCAAGUAUGACGUUCCCCCAACGUGGACACACUCGGUUCCUCACAAAGCCAAACCCGCUGCAGCUGCCACAUCCCUGGGCUUACGGUGCAGCAGGUGCUUUUUUGAAGACAAGAAUGAAAGUGUUAGGAAGACGGCAGAAAGGUGACACCUGGAGACCAAACGCAGGAUGAGGAGUACUGCAGGUCACAGGGAAGUCACAGAACAGUAAUACGCCAGCAGGGGCAGGGGCGUGAAGAACAGAAGAAGACAGGAAGCAUUUCCCAGACUCCAGAGAAGAAAUCAGGGCCAACCACAGCUUCCCGGGUCACAGAACCAAUUCGUUCACGAGGCGGCAGCACUGCCGUCAUUUCAGCUUCUGGUCACUGGGAGGCGCUGCUCGAAAGGAUUUGCCCUGAGACUCUGAGAAGAAGCUGCGGGGAGGACAGCAGGGGUCCUGGGGUUUUAGCCUCUGGCCCAGGAGUUAUGUGUCCAUAACCAAAGGGAGCACAGUCUGCACCCAGCUCUCAUCCCAUCGGAGCUCCUGUGACUCCCGCAGGUUCUUCCGGAACUGGUUUAGCUUGCCCGCAGGAUCAGGAAAGUUUGAGAAAAGCAUCUGCAAAAAAAUAAAGAGCAGAGCUUACCUCAUUGCCUGUCCCCACCCCAUCCCAGGUCACCACCUGGCUGACCCCAGGUCGCCGACCCAACAACAACCCCUCCGAAGUCCCUAACUCCCUCACUUGGACUCGAGACCCUUCACACCCCAACAGCGCUCCACCUCCAACUUGACAUCAAGCUUUCUGGAAACUUCCCCGCAUGUCCCACUUUCCCACACUUGGUGCUGUGGAGCACCUCCCGGCCUCUACAUGGUGUACGUUCCCCCUGUGAGCACCCUCCUCUUGGCCUCUGGCAAACACAGUCCCACCCAUCUGCGGGUAACAAGGGGGUGUCGGUGUUCUUUUCAGCCUUGCUAAACUGUCUGAAUCAAGGAUCACAAACUACAGCCUGCAGGCCAAAUCCAGCCCACAGCCUGUGUUUGUAAAUAAAGUUUUAUUGGAACAAAGCCA